CGAUACCAUUUAGAAUUGUGAUCCUCAUCGAUGAUCAACGGGUUUGCGCUCCGAAUCCUACGAUUGGAAGGCGUUGGUCAUGUCUUUCUUGGAUUGGAUCCUGUUGGGCCGUGCCAACGAAUCCUCAUUUUUACGUCGCGAAGCCGAGCUGGCACCCGGGCGUUCCGUGGGGAAGUCGACGGCAUGGAUUUGAUUCCGGAAGCGCUACACGAUGUACGGCCCGCGACGAAGUCACAGCCUCCUAUUUAUACGAGAGAAAGAACGAGAAACGAGCAAGGAGGAGGAAUUAGGCAUUUUCGCCUCGGAGCGCGGAGAGGCGAUCCCUCCCGCGGUUCUCGACGCCCCUCAUUCCCACGCUAUUCUUCAGGUUUUCCUCUUCCAUUGAAGAAGAGUGGUGGUUUCUUGUGGGAUUUGUGGUCCGACUCAGUUGUCGACGGAGUUUUGGUUCGCCCCUGCGCUUGCUUUUCGUAGAAUUUACAAUACAGAAAUGGUUGCCCAGGGGUUCUCGGUUGACUUGAACAAGCCUCUGGUUUUCCAGGUUGGUCAUCUUGGGGAAGAUUAUGAGGACUGGGUUCACCGGCCCAUCGUUACCAAGGAGAUCCCACGAUUCUUUGCAAAUGGCUUCAUGGAGUGCUUAACGAGAACAGUGUGGUGGGUUGUUCCAGUGAUAUGGCUCCCAGUUGUUUUCUGGUGUCUGACCAUCUCUAUUCGAAUGGGCAACACACUCCCUCAAUUGGUCCCACUGGUGUCAUCAGGAAUUCUUCUCUGGACCAUGAUUGAGUAUUCUUUGCAUCGCUUCCUUUUCCACAUGAAAACAAAAGGCUACUGGGGAAACACAAUUCAUUAUCUGUUUCAUGGAUGCCAUCACAAGUACCCCAUGGACGGACUGCGCCUUGUUUUUCCACCUGCUGCAACAGCCAUCAUAUGUGUGCCGUUCUGGCAUCUGCUGCACCUACUCAUGGCUCCAUCAGCUGCGCCUGCCGUGUUUGGAGGUGGCCUGUUGGGAUACGUUAUAUAUGACUGCACCCAUUACUACCUGCAUCAUGGACAUCCAUCCAAACACCCAGCUAAACACCUGAAGCGGUAUCAUCUAAACCAUCACUUCAAAGUUCAAAACAAGGGGUUUGGAAUAACUUCUUCACUCUGGGACAUCAUCUUUGGCACAUUGCCACCAGCAAAAACCUCUCAUCAGAAAAACUGAUUCUUUUGGACAAUGCAAGAAUAGCUUGUAAUUUAUUGAGAACUCUAUCUUCAACUUUUCCUGUUAAGACACUGUACAGUGAUGAAUGUCGUGUUUAGCAGAGGUGGAAAGGAAAAUAAAAGAAUCUAAAUAGAAGAUGUGUAUAAGCUGGUCGAAUCAACAAGUGAAAAUGAGGCUUAAAGACUAGAAAGAUUUUUCUUGUUAUGAGUGGAGUACUAUAAAUCCUGUAAUAAGUAUUACGGCAAAGAUUGUGACACUCAGUGAGAAGAUUUCUUGUCUUGUGUUAUACGUAACUUGCAAAUGUUAUUACACAUCGCAU